GGGCUUUUUUGUUGCCAUGUGACCAAGAAGGAAGGACUAGAAAGCUCUAUAAACUUCCUCUGAAAAAUGAUUUUGGUGCAGUUCAGAAGCUCGCUGCUCCUCUUGGCGUCAGGUUAAGAGAGAAACACUUUACUGCCCACCAUCACCGGUCGACAUCAUGAGCAGCAUCGUUCAGAACCACUGCGUUGGUCGGACGCCAGCUGCUAGGAUGCCGAAAUCUGUGACUCGUGAAAGCAGUGGAUCCUCCAGAAGCGGCAGCAUCAGCAGUGACAGCAGUGGUUCUGGAGGGAACAUCCGUUCUCUCCUGUCUAUGAGUGAGAGCGUGCACGCUAAUCUGAGCAGCUUCUUUCCAGAGCAAGCACUGGAGAAGGAAAAAACCCGCCAGCUGAGUCAUCAGCUGGAAGAGAUAAGGCACCUAAAAGAGGUUCAUGCUGCUGCUCAGCUCAAAAACCUGGAGGAUUUUCUGAAGAUAAACCGAAUCUCUCUCAAAGACAGUUUGGCGCAUACUACAGGGAUGAUUUACAGAAAUUUAGGAAAAUCAGGACUGAGGGUGUCCUGUGUUGGAUUAGGUACAUGGGUUACCUUUGGAGGCCAGAUCACAGAUGAGGUGGCAGAGGAAAUGACAACUUUGGCAUAUGAGAGUGGAAUCAAUCUUUUCGACACAUCUGAAGUGUAUAACUGUGGAAGGGCAGAAGCCGUGUUGGGAGGCAUUAUAAAGAAGAAAGGGUGGAGGCGUUCCAGUCUUGUUAUCACUACCAAAAUCUUUUGGGGAGGAAAUGCAGAAAUGGAAAGAGGACUUUCUAGAAAACAUAUAAUUGAAGGUUUGAGAGCAUCACUGGACAGACUUCAACUAGAGUACGUGGACGUUGUGUUUGCAAAUCGACCAGAUCCAUACACACCUAUAGAAGAGACAGUAAGGGCAAUGACCUAUGUAAUCAACAGGGGGAUGGCUCUGUACUGGGGAACGUCACGAUGGAACUCCAUGGAGAUUAUGGAGGCGUAUUCUGUAGCGCGACAGUUCAACCAGAUCCCACCCAUUUGUGAACAGGCAGAAUACCACAUGUUCCAAAGGGAAAAGGUGGAAGUGCAGCUCCCACAGCUUUACCACAAAAUAGGCAUUGGAGCUAUGACAUGGUCUCCAUUGGCUUGUGGGAUAAUCUCAGGAAAAUAUCGGAGUGGAAUACCGCCUUCUGCACGAGCGUCACUUAAGGGAUAUGAAUGGAUAAAAGACAAGAUAAUGAGUGAGGAGGGUCACCGAGAGCAGCUUAAACUGCAGGAACUAGAAACCCUCGCACAGCGACUACAGUGUACCUUGCCACAACUUGCUAUUGCUUGGUGCCUGAGAAAUGACAAGGUGAACUCUGUGCUGCUGGGGGCUUCCAGACCUGCUCAGCUGCUGGAGAACAUCAGAGCCUUACAGGUUCUUCCAAAGAUAACAGCGUCCAUUGCGUCUGAGAUUGAUUGCAUCUUGAAAAACAAGCCCCAUUGUAAAAAGGGUUUCAGAUUUUCAAAGGAGCACUGAUAGGCUGCUGUAGGAUUUUGAUCCUUGUGUAAUUAAUGCACACUUCACUGUUCUUUUUUUUUUUUUUUAAAGCAACUGAAACUCAAAUAAACACAUUUACACAACACUACUUCUCAAAUAUAUUGUAAUAAAUUAACUGCUGCCACAAAAACUGAGAGAAAUGUUCAAAAGACCAGAGUUUGACACAAGCUAGUGAAAAAAGAAACCCAAAAAAGAAAUAAAAAGACAAAAUAUGGACUGACUCUUGACCAGAGACGGAUUGUUUCACCGGUGUUGUAAUGGGUCCAAUGAAUCCAACAGCUGAAUCUCCUCCUCAGUGCAGUCAGGUUCUCCAGAGUCCUGCUAAUUGCCUCAUUAUUUGACUCAGGUGUGUUGAAGUAGAGAUGCAUCUAAAAGUUGCAGGAGACCGGCCCUCCAGGAUCAGGAGUGCCCACCCCUGAUCUGAAGCAUGAAAAAUAUAGUAACUUUUAUUUUCCUGAUGUUCAUUCUACAGACACAAAUAUUCAUAGAGAACUACUGAGAAGGGAAACCUGCACAUCACAUGCAGGGUUGGUGGUUCUGAUAUGCGUAUUAAGAACAUCACAGUUCAGAUUAAUAAUGUACCAUUCAACAUUCCUACUGCAACGAUAGUGGGAAUUUAUUUUAAUUAUAAAAACAAACAAACCUUAGGGUUACUACGGAGCCCCCUAGGGGACAUGGGGAAUUUUUUUUUUUUUGCGUUC